UUGUCAUAUAUCGAUAAGAUGAGGGUAGAUCGGCAGCAUGUCAUGUAUCUCUUUCCUCUGUCCAUGUGCUUCUUCUAUAACAUAAAAAUGGCUCCUUCCGAAGAUUAGUUGUUUUCUCUGAUCAUCUGAGAGAGGCAGAAGAAGAAGUUGAAAUGGGGAAGACGGGGAGAUGGCUCAAACACUUCUUCACCGGAAAGAAAGACAGUCACAAGGAGAAGAUCAAGGCCAAUAAGAGCACCGACAUUGCUUUUGUGGGGGAUGGCUCGACCGCCAACGAGAAUUGUCCGGCCACUCCCAUCUCGAUCCCACAGUCGUCGAUGAACCCGAAAGAAAAGGGCCGGUGGAGUUUCCGGAGAUCUUCAGCUACUGCACCGAGGGAAUCCCAUUCGGCUGAAGUCACUGCCAAUGGGCAGCAACCGCCGGUACUUCAAGCAAACUCUGAUGAUCAGCAGAAGCAGCACGCUAUGGCCGUUGCAGCCGCCACAGCAGCCGCAACAGAUGCAGCCUUGGCGGCUGCACAGGCUGCGGCUGCUGUGAUCCGCCUGACUGCAGCUGCUGCCACUGGCACGCCAAGCAUUAUGGAAGAGGCGGCUGCAAUCAGGAUCCAAUCGGUUUUCCGAUCUUAUCUGGCACAGAAGGCAUUGAAAGCACUGAAAGGAUUGGUGAAGCUGCAAGCACUGGUGAGGGGACAUUUAGUGAGGAAACAGGCCAAGGCCACCCUCCGGUGUAUGCAGACCCUGGUCACACUGCAGGCCAAAGUUCUCGCACAACGGCUGAUCACUGAAGACAUGAAACCCAUGAUCCCGACUCCACCGAACAACCGGAGUUCAACCCCGAAUGCUCGGUUUCUUCAGGCCCACCACGGAGGCGAAAAUAAGUUCUCAGAGGAGAACAUCAAGAUCGUGGAGAUGGACGUUGGAGAAUUGAGAGGAAGCAUGAAGAGCACGACCAACCGAAACAUAGAGCCAUUGGGUCGGGCAUUGAUCUCUGACCGGGAUGACCUCCAAUCCACCAUAACCCCGUCGGCCUGGAGCGAGUUCAGCCCUCGGACGUUCGGCGGCCAUUUCGAAGAGUAUAACUACCCCACCAAAACAGCAAUUACAGCACAGAGCAGCCCACAGGUCUUCUCCAGUUCCACCCCAACAAAGUACGCCGAGUCGACCUUCUCCUAUGACUACCCGCUGUACCCCAACUACAUGGCCAACACCGAGUCCUCGCGGGCUAAGGCCCGGUCUCAGAGCGCACCUAAGCAGAGGCCUCCUGACACUCCCCACUUCGAGAGGCAGCCGAGCAACAGGAGGAGGCCCUCGGUUGAAGGACGAAAUGGUAUAUCCCUCCCGAGGGCAGUGAGGAUGCAGAGGUCUUCCUCGAACCUGAGCUCCACUGCUGCGGCGCAGAACUUCCAUUACCCGUGGUCUCUCAAGUUGGAUCGGUCAGCCAUGUCUGUAAGAGACAGCGAGUGUGAAUCGAUCUGCACAUUCCUCACAAACACAGAUCACUGCAGAUCGCAAGUCGGGUUCGAUGUCGCUGGUCCAAGGAAGAGCGGGAUCAUCGGGGCAAGAUAUUGAUGUGCAGAGUCAAGUCGACGCCGGACCACAGAGCUCGUAUGAGUUCCAAUGGAACAGAAGAAUAUUUGUAGUUCAUCUUCAAACUCGCAGGAAUCGGGCAGCAGGACAUAAUGAAAAACAUGAAUUUGUGCAAAGUUAUGAAGAUGAUGUUUGAAGAGUUUGUUUUUCUCAAAUUUUUCUCUGGUUUGUAAUUUUCAUCUAGAAGUGUAUCUGCAAAACUAAUUAUCUUUAAUUAAAAUUCAAGUCAAGAAACUAUAUUACCAGUACAAGGAGUCGAAGACAAUCACAGAGUUUGGGAUUUCUCAACGAAGGGUGAACAAGUAAUGAGAAUUUUGACCAGGCUCACAACCCCUUGGCGCAA